AGGAAAGGAAAGGACAAGUGGCUGUGUCACAGAGCAACUUUCCCACACGAUAUGACGACAACAACGUAACUUUCUAAACAAUCAGCCGACGACUUUAUCAAUUCCAUCCAUCCUUCAAAUUGCAUUCUUAGAGUAUCUUCAUCUCUCCUUGAGUGGUAUGAUUCUUAAUGUGUAAAAGUCCGCAUGUUUUUCCCUGCUUUUGCUUCUGCUUUUCGAAAGCGUCGCUAUCGGCUUUUUCCUAAAUUCUGAUUUCGGGAACGCACAAUAUUCGUCUCAUGUUGCUCUUACAAAGUCCCACAUAAACCCUGAACACAACCUCCCAGGAGAACCGCCAACAUGUUGGAAGGUCUCGUCGCCAACCUUCUCAACCGCUUCUUGGGCAUGUAUGUCAAGAAUUUCGAUCCCAAGCAGCUCAAUGUCGGUAUCUGGUCCGGUGAUGUCAAACUACGGAAUCUCGAACUUCGCCGCGAAGCCCUCGAUCAGCUGCAUCUACCCAUCAACGUGGUCGAAGGCCGAUUGGGAGAAUUGACCAUAUCCAUUCCGUGGUCCAAUCUUCGCGGAAAGCCCGUCCGAGUCAACAUUGAGGAUGUCUUCUUACUGUCCGCCCCAAAAUCAGAGGACGACUACGACGCAGAAGAGGAAGAAAAGCGUGCCGUCGCCGUCAAGCUAGAGAAACUUGAGAGCGCCGAGCUGCUCAAGGAUCGCAAUACCGAGGCCAUGAGUCCGGAAGAGCAGCAGAAGAACCAGAGCUUUACCCAGAGUUUAGUGACGGCCAUUGUCGACAAUCUGCAGGUCAGUAUCAAGAACAUUCAUCUUCGUUAUGAGGAUUCCAUAGCCACGCCGGGCCAUCCAUUCGCCGUGGGUAUGACCCUCAAGGAGAUGAGCGCUGUGAGCACGGAUGCGGAAUGGCGACCGACUUUUAUCCAAUCCACCUCAGACACUACACAUAAGCUGGCCGUGCUGAAUUCUUUGGCCGUCUACUGGAACAGCGACGCAGACCUGUUCGGAACCGGCAAGGGAGGCGAUGUGGGAGCCGAGGCACAGGAAAUUGAUAGGGACGACCUGUUACGUCGCUUCAGGGAAGGCAUCGAGGACACGGGUAAUUCCCAAUACCUGUUGAAGCCAGUCAGCGGUCGCGCAGGCAUCGAGAUGGACAAGACAGGUCGGACCGACCGCCCGAAAAUCAAAGCACGUCUCUUGUUUCAAGAAUUGGGUUUCAUUCUGGACGAGGACCAAUACCGAGACGCGUUGAUGCUGGUCGAUCUGAUGCAUUAUUUUAUUCGUCACCAUCAGUACAAGAGAGUGCAGCCGGAAAAGAGCCCGAAAGAAGAUCCACGAGCGUGGCUGAAAUUCGCCGGUUCGGCCGUUCUAGACAAGAUCCACGAUCGCAAUCGAAAGUGGACCUGGGACUACUUCAGGGAACGUCGAGACAUGCGUCUUCGGUACAUUGACCUUUUCAAGAAGAAGAAAAAGGACCAGAAGUUGACGGAACAAGAAACCACGGAUCUCGACCAUCUCGAGUACGAGUUGAGCUACGAAGAUCUACGAUUCUGGAGGUCUUUGGCACGAUCCCAGCUGCGCAAGGAGAAUGUCGGGGUCAAAAAGCCUCCGCCCAAGCAAACCUGGGGCCAAUGGAUCUGGGGCGCCAAACCAGCAGAAACAGAUGAAGACGAGGAUGCUGGCAUGACAGACGAACAGCGUAAGGAGCUCUACAACGCCAUUGACUGGGACGAAAAGAAGGCCAUUGCAGAAAGUGUCGAUCUGCCUCGAGAGACCGUCAAACUCCAGUUGGAGUCGAGUUUGAGAACGGGCAGUUUCACUCUCAAGCGCGAUCCUCAUGGUCGAGGAAAUGAAGUUCUCAAACUGGUCUUCGACAAUUUCCGAGCCAAGGCGCUGCAACGACCAGAUUCCAUGCUUGCCGAUUUGACCCUCGGCGGGUUCCGCGUCUACGACGGUACUACGGAAGGAAGUUUGUUCCCCCAGAUCGUCAAGGUCAAGGGAGUCGAGGAACAGCCCAAGGACGAAGAAAGAGCCGAAGAUGACGACAGUUUCGAAGACAAUGACCAGACCGACGAACAGACAUCAGAUGCCGAGAACGUCGAAGAUGGCCUGUUCCACCUGGUCUUGGAGAAUCACCCACUUGAUGAAAGCGCCGACACCAAGAUCAUGUUAAAGUUGAAAAGCCUCGAGUUCAUCCACAACCCCAAAUUUGUCGUGGAAAUCGCAAAAUUCUUCAAACCCCCCGAGCGUCACAUGGAGUCGAUUGGUGCCCUGCUGGAAACGGCUGGCGCGACAGUCGAGGAGAUUCGACAGCAGACGAGAGCAGGUCUCGAAUUUGCCUUGGAAGAGCACAAGACCAUCAAUGCAAAUCUCGACAUUCAGGCGCCCAUAUUUAUCAUCCCGGAAAGUAUCACAGAAGAAAGUACACUUUGCAUGAUCCUGGACGCAGGUCACGUGAGCUUGAACAGCGAGCUCGUCGACAAGGACACGAUGAACGAGAUUCGCUCAAAACAGAAACAAAAAUACACCGAGCGAGACUUCAAACAGCUCGAAGGCUUGAUGUAUGACAAAUUCCAUCUGAAGCUCGAAUCUACGCAGGUUCUCAUAGGGCCUGGCAUUGAGGCUACAAGGGCACAACUUGAAGCCUCGGACGAUUCGAAACAAAUGCACAUCAUCGAUCGUAUCAACGUGGGUUUCCUACUUGAGAACUCCAUCGUUCCCAAGGCGCCGGAUAUCACGAAGAUACGGAUAUCCGGGACCCUACCUGUUCUGCAUGCCUCGAUAUCAGACAAGAAAUACAAAAACUUGAUGAGAUUGCUGGAUGUUGCGGUACCCAGAUUCAAUUCUGGACCCGAUACCAAUGGAAAUGACAAAACGAACGAAGUCAACAACCAACAGGACAACCUCCGGUCUAAAAGAAAGUCUGUUCAACUGUUGGAGGCCAAAGACAUGCCGAUCAUUGACCCAGACUCCGAUUCUGAAGAUACGUCUCCAGAGAGUCGAGAAGUUGCCCAAGCUGAAACCCCGGAUACGCCUGCAAACAUACACCAGCGUAACUUCGAGAUAAAUUUCACCGUCGAAAAGCUGCAAGCAUCACUGUACAAAGCUGACCCCGAGGGCAAAAAGCCAGAUCAACUCUUGGUCGAGCUUGUGGCGGAACAUUUCUUUUUCGAUUUUUACCUUCGUCCGUACGACAUGGUUGCCGAAGUACUCCUGCGCGCCGUAACAGUGGAAGAUCAUAUUGAGGAGAUUCCGUUGCCCGAAUUCAAGCAGAUAAUAUCUUCAAAGGGCUUCGAGGCGGAAGAGGGGAAAGACUUGCUCAAUGUGAAGUUUGUCAAAGUCAACCCAGAAUCGCCAGAAUUCCAAUCCACAUACGAAGGGAUAGCGACGAAUCUCGACGUGUCAGUGUCCACCAUCAAUGUCAUCGUGACCCGAAAGACAUUGUUGACGCUUUUGGACUUUGUCCUGACAACGUUUGCCGGUUCUCCGAAUCAGAAUCAGGCACAGAUUGAUCAAAGCGACGACAAGAUCCAAGUCCGAAAUGCGCCAGAGACACCGCCUGCCAAGCAGCAGCAAGACAAGAUCAGGAUCAAGGCUGCAUUGACCAGUAUCGCUCUCAUCUUGAACAACGAUGGUGUACGUCUAGCGACACUGUCAUUGAACUCUGGUGAUGUCGGCAUCUUCCUCGAUGCUGGAACGAUGCAAGUCAAGGCAAGAUUAGGCAGCCUCUCUUUGGUCGACGAUGUGAAUCAAGGUGCACCUGAAGACUCGCCUCUACGUAGACUGAUUGCGAUUGAGGGGGACGAUCUGGCUGAUUUCAAGUAUCAGACUUUCGACUCAGCGCGGCCCGACUAUCCAGGCUAUGAUUCUGGCAUCUUCUUGCGGUCUGGCUCUAUCAAGGUCAACUUCUUGGAGGAGCCAUUUCGGAAAAUCAUGGAAUUCGGGGUCAAGUUUGGAAAGAUGCAAGCCAUCUUCAAUGCUGCGCGGCAAGCCGCUGCAGAACAAGCAACACAAGUUCAGGAGAGUGCCCAGAAGAUGCAUUUCGACAUUGUCAUCAAGACUCCCAUCGUGGUGUUCCCGAGAGCAAUGGUUGAUGACCGGCCUCGUGACCUGCUCACUGCCUAUCUAGGUGAGAUCUACGCCAACAACAAGUUUGUGGGAGUACAGGGGCAGAAGCACGGUCCCUUGGUGAACAAACUGUCGGCUGGCAUCAGACAUAUUCGCCUGACGACCGAGUUUCACUAUGGAGAUGGCCAGUCACAAGAACUUGAAAUGAUUGACCAGGUUGACUUGGAUUUCAAGAUUAGAUAUCUGGAACACCAAGCAGAAUUGGAGAGGCCUGAUCUUGAGAUCGAUGGAUCCAUGUCUCCUAUCAACCUGCGAGCAUCCCAGGCUCAAUUCAAGUUCUUGUUAGAGCUCUCCAAAACAAUUCCCGCAGCAUUUGCUACCGAGAACGAGUCGGAAGAGGACAUCGCUGAAGAAUUGCCGGCCGCAACAGCUGACACAGCAAAAGCAAUCCGGAACGAGGAAACACCCAAAGAAGAAGGCGCUGUCGGCACGUACCAAGGUCCUGAGCUUGGCUCGAGUGAUGAGACUUGGACCAAGUUGAAUUUCGUGUUCAAGGCACCCACAAUAAGUCUUGAACUCUUCUUGGCCGAGGAAGACCAACCGACCGACAACUUUGACGCUGCUAGCAUUUCCAAAUUCUCUCUCAAUGAGACAAACGUCAAGCUGCGCAUGAUCAGCGAUGGUGCCAUGGAAGCCGAGCUCUUGGUUCACUCCUUCACCAUCCGUGACAGUCGGAAGCAGGAAACUAACAAGUUCCGCAAGAUAAUGUCGUUGAUCAACAAUGACGUUCAGCAACAAUUCAUGGCCAGUGUCUCAAUAACGGGUGGGAAAGAGCGACACAUGAUUGUCAUGUUAACCAUCGACAGCCCUCGCAUCAUCGUUGCUCUCGACUACGUGUUUGCCCUCCAAGCAUUCGCUAACGCAGCAUUCCAGUCUGACGAGCCACCUCCGAUUGCGGCCCUGGACGAGUCAACUGACGAUGGCAGCCCGAAGAGUCCCUCUGAAGAGUAUGAUGAUGCACUUACCCUAGAACAAGAAGAUACCGCCAGCGAGUCGUCUUCGAUGACCAUGUCUUUCCGAGUCAAUAUCGUUGAUGCUCAGAUCAUCCUCAUUGCAAAUCCGACGAUUUCGAAUACCGAAGCAAUCGUGCUCGGUACCAAGGAGGUUCUCGUUGGGAAGCAAAACGCAACAACUUUACAAGUGUCCAAGGUCGGUAUGUUCUUGUGUCGGAUGGAUAAGUUUGAAACGAGCCGUCUGAGAAUCCUGGACGACUUCAGCAUCUUCGUGUCCAUGGACAAUCGAAGCCAAGGCGCAGAUUCUUCUCUCACCUCGGUGAGCAUAGAGGUAGAACCUCUUGUUCUACGUCUGUCACUGCGCGAUAUCUUGCUUGCCAUGCAGAUUGUCCAAAAGGCGUCUUCGACCUUGGCGCAGCCUAACAUGCAGCAGUCUUCGGAACCCAGAAAGAUCAAAGAGGUUAAAAGAUCGUCUACGGCGCCCUCGACCAAACGUAGGUCCGUGGCAGGACAAACCGUCAGCACGUCGAAGAUAUCACCGAGAUCAAAGUCGAUUUCGAAAUCCACUGCAGACCAGCCUCCCAAACAUGAUGUGGUCAUGAGCAGAGAAGAACUGAUCGCGACUGUGGAUGGCAUCAGAGUCAUUCUGAUCGGAGACCUGCAUGAACUACCACUCUUGGACUGGAGCGUCAAGAAAUUCCAGGUGGAUGUUCGAGACUGGUCUGGUGCAAUGGCAGCAGAUACCAAGAUUGACACUUUCAUCAAUGUCUACAAUUUCUCCAAAUCUGCCUGGGAACCUCUCAUCGAACCAUGGAAGUUAGGCUUCCAUAUGUCCAAAGAGCUCCAUCCUGAAGUACUGUCUAUGGAGCUGUACUCUCACAAGAAUAUGGAGCUCACAGUGACCUCGGCCACCAUAGCUCUUGCGUCGAAGUCGUUCAAUUUCUUGUCAACGGAUGAGGACAUUCUGUCCAAACCAAGAGUGGCAGAUGCACCAUACAGGAUACGAAACUACACAGGAUUUGAUCUCAGGGUAUGGGCCGAUGAGAAGAGCGACAAUGCGGCAGCAGCGAAACUAACCGAUGGAGAAGAGUACGCCUGGCGUUUCGAGGACGCCACAUCCAUGCGUGAAACUUUGACUCCAGAAGGGAACGCAGGCUUGGUGGGGGUCAAGCUGGAGGGAAGCGGUUUUGAUGCUGUCAACCGCAUUCCUGUGAUCCGUGAAGGCGAAACAUUGUACAACUUGAAACCACGAAAAGACAGCGUGCAGCAUCGCAUGUUGGUCGAGGUGAAGCUUGGCUCCGACAAUGUGAAAUACAUCACCUUCCGGUCACCCCUCCUGGUCGAAAACAAAACUCAGAUACCCAUUGAAAUUGGCGUCUUCAGCCCAGAAUUGGGCGACCUUCUCAAGAUUGAGAAGAUACCUCCUGGAGACGCAAAGCCGGCCCCAGUCGGAGCAGCUUUUGUGCACUCUCUUCUGAUCAGACCGGAUGGAGGCUUUGGCUACGGAUGGUCGAAUGAGCGGCUGUUCUGGAAGGACCUACUCAAGCAGUCAACGCGCACACUCACUUGUGCCGCAGAAGGCAGGGAUGAGUCUCCGCCGUUCUUCUUCCAGAUGCAUGCAUCGUAUAACAGGAAAGACCCCAUGACUAGAAUAUACCCUUAUAUGAGGAUUCAGAUCUCGGCACCGGUCGAGGUUCAGAACCUCCUUCCGUACGAUUUCAAGUAUCGAAUCUACGACAAGAAUACGAAGAAGGACUGGACGAACUUCCUCCGCAAAGGAGGCAUCAGCCCAGUGCACGUGGUUGAGUUGUCUCACCUCCUCCUGCUUAGUGUCGAGCUCGAGGAUACUCCUUUCAGGCAGAGCGACUUUGCCAUCAUCAACAGUAACACUCAAGAGGAGUUCCGAAGGGAGAAGUCGGUGCAGUUGAAGGACGAGCAAGGUGCACAACUGAAGCUCAAGCUCCACUAUACGAACAUGAGAGACAGUGGAGGUGCAUUUAGAGUAUCGAUCUACAGUCCAUAUGUUCUCCUGAACAAGACAGGGCUCGAUAUGAGUGUCCAGAGCAAGGCUUUCUUCGGAUCUGCGAAGGCCGCAGCGUCGCAAGGUGCUCGUACAAGCUCUGGCCAUGGAAAGGCCCUGCCCAUGUUGUAUUCUUAUGCCACUGAUGACCGAAAAAACCGUUCUUUGUUAAAGAUCGGCGACUCCGCCUGGAGCAAGCCGCAGAGCUUUGACGCCAUCGGCAGUGCCUAUGAGGUCGUUCUCCCUUCCACCUCGGCCAAGUCUGAACUCCAUGUCGGAGUUUCAGUCACGGAGGGAGAAGGCAAAUACAGCCUGAGCAAAGUCGUCACCAUCGCGCCUCGAUUCAUGCUGAAGAACAAGAUAGGGGAAGACAUCGAGCUUCGCGAGCCGGGAUCUUCGGACGUCAUCAAGAUGACGAACAAUGACCUCGUUCCGAUUUACUUCAUGCGACAAUGCCCAGAAAAGCAGUUCUGCAUAUGCUUUCCUGGAGUCAACAACCAGUGGUCAUCUCCUUUCAAUCUGGCCAACGUCGGCAUGACUCACGUCAAACUUGCGAAGCACGGUCAGAGGCAGAAACUUGUCCGCGUGGAAAUCAUUCUGGAAGAUGCAACCUUGUUCUUGCACUUCAGUAUUGAAACGAAGCACUGGCCGUUCUCGAUGCGCAACGAAAGCGACACUGAAUUCUUGUUUUUCCAGGCCAAUCCGAACAUCGCCGAGGACGAAGAAGAAGACAAAGGUAGCGGCUGGAAACCAAUCCGAUACAAAUUGCCUCCACGAAGUAUCAUGCCUUAUGCUUGGGAUUAUCCGGCUUCGAAGAACAAAGAGCUUGUCCUGACCGCAAGAGGCAGAGAGAGAUACGUCAAGUUGAUGGAAAUCGGCAACCUGAUCCCGAUCAAGUUACCUUCCGAUGGCCGUGGCGGCCCUUCGAAAGUGAUUGAUGUCAAUAUCGUCGCUGAUGGGCCUACACAAACGCUGGUGCUCUCGAAUUACAAGCCAUCGAAGUCACUCUACCGACAAAAGACGGGCGCGACCAAUGCCUCACAGACUAGCUUGAAUCAAGGGUUCGAGGUCAAGCAGAUCGAGUCCGCACUGAACUUCAAAGCCGAGCUCAGACUCGCCGGUAUUGGUGUCUCUCUCGUGAACACCAACCUGAAAGAGCUGAUGUAUAUCACCUGGCGUGAAAUCGAGUUCAAGUAUGGAGAGUCCAAACUUUACCAAACCUUGAACGCCACGGUCAAAUGGAUCCAAAUCGACAAUCAGCUCUACGGCGGUAUCUUCCCCAUCCUGCUAUAUCCCAGUGUGGUUCCGAAGACUGGCAAGGAAAUGGAGACCCAUCCGAUCUUCCACGCGAUGGUCACUCGCGUCAAGGAUGACUCUUACGGUGUUUUGUACAUCAAGUACGCCACGCUACUGUUGCAGCAGAUCACUGUCGAGGUGGAUGAGGACUUUAUCUUUGCAAUGCUCGAUUUCCUAAAAGUGCCAGGUGCAUCUUGGGCGGAGGAAAAGGAAGGUAAACUAUGUGAUGAGGACUUGGACAUCCCAGAACCGACACGAGAACACCAAGGACAAGACGUCUACUUUGAGCUCCUGCACUUGCAGCCGAUACAACUGGACCUUUCGUUUGUGAGAACUGAACACAUCAACGCUGAGGACAACUUUGUCAACAGCCCGUUGAUGUUCUUUGUCAAUGUCAUGACCAUGUCGAUUGGCAAUGUCAACGAUGCGCCGAUCAAGCUAAAUGCGCUGCUCCUGGAGAACGCAAGAGUCUCCGUCCCAGCGCUCGUCGCCAACAUUCAGAAUCACUACACUCAGGAAGUGCUUCGUCAGGUUCACAUCAUCCUUGGAUCGGCCGACUUCCUCGGUAACCCCGUCGGUCUGUUCAACAGCGUCAGUUCAGGAGUGGCGGACAUCUUCUACGAGCCCUACCAGGGACUGGUGAUGACCGACCGACCUCAAGAGCUGGGUCUCGGCAUCGCCAAGGGCGCCAGUAGUUUUGUCAAAAAGUCCGUCUUCGGGUUCAGUGACAGCAUGGCCAAAUUCACCGGGUCGGUUUCGAAAGGUCUCGCGGCCGCGACCAUGGACAAAGAGUUCCAGGACCAACGACGGAUGUCAAAGAACCGAAACCGACCGAAACAUGCACUGUACGGGGUUACCUCUGGCGGUAACGCUUUUGCUGCAAGCAUGGCGAGUGGUAUCGGCGGGUUGGCGCGACAUCCGCUCGAAGGGGCGGAGAAGGAAGGUGCCCUUGGCUUCGUCAAAGGGGUUGGCAAGGGAUUUCUCGGCCUGGCAACCAAGCCGGCGAUUGGAGCAUUCGACCUUGCGUCCAACGUCGCCGAGGGUGUCCGAAACACCACGACCGUAUUCGAUGCUGAAGGAUUGGACCGUGUGCGGCUGACUCGCUUCAUUGGGAUGGAUGGUAUCGUCAGGCCAUACUCACAACGCGAGGCACUCGGCCAGUUCUGGCUCAAGACAGCGGACGACGGCAAGUUCUUCAACGAGGAUUACAUUGCUCAUCUGGAACUCGAGGGGCGCGACAUGAUGGUGGUUAUGACGUAUGAUCGAAUUCUCAUGAUCAGGACCAAGAAGCUGCGUAUGGAAUGGGACGUCAAAUUGACCGACAUCCAGACCAUCAGCAAAGAGAGGACGGGGAUGAGCAUUGGACUCAAAGGGGGUGCCAAUGGUCCAUUUAUUCCCGUCACUGAUGAAGGAAGCCGGAAUUGGUUGUACAAGCAGAUUGCAAUUGCUGUCAAUGCGUUCAAUGACAAAUAUAACGCAAAAGGAUGAUCCAGAUCGAUUGAUUGAUAUGAUGGUAAGGGCGGUUGGCGCAUCGACCAUGUAACGGCAACAACACUUGUAACGGGUUUUUUUAGGCUGGAGAUGGUUAAAUCUUCGAAGGCGUCGAGCACAAUCGCAGUAUGCUACGCGAGGCGAGUGAGAUUUUCACUCAGGUGCAUUUCACUCAGGUACACCGAAUGAUACGAUGAUUAGUGUACGAGUUCUUGCGCGCUUGUUGGGUAUCAACGCAGAUGACCGGGGCGGGGGCAAACGAGCUGGAUGGGCUGGAUGGGCAAGGCAGCAACUUUCAAAGGUGAUUGAGUCCUCUUUUAGAAGGAAUGAGGCGUCGGCGACGAGGCCAAGUCAAUGCAGGCUAUGGAUGUUCGCAUGAAGCAAGCAGCUCACUCUUACCUUUUUAAGGCCUUUUAAGGGGAAAGACAAAGCCGGUGCGAAGGCCAAGUUUCCAACCCAUAGAUAAAUACAAACAAUUGGAUGGGCUUUUUGUCGCAUGUAAAGCAGGGAUAUCGAAAGAAGCUUCGUUGAACGCCCCCAGAAACAAUUGACCCUUCUGUUGAC